AUUCUUCUUCCUCUUACACAUCUCCAACAUUAUUUCAACUCGUCAUUCCAAUAAUUCACUCAGAAUAUGGCCGGGUCUUCCAUCACCGAUUCUCUUUCAAGCUAUUCCGAUACAGAUUUUGCUGAAAUUGUUGUGGUGCGUCAUGGUCAAACAAUAUGGAAUUUUGAAGGAAAAUGCCAGGGACAAUUGGAUAUUGAAUUGAAUGAAGUGGGAAAACAGCAAGCAGCUGCUGUUGCUGAUAGACUAUCGAUGGAACCGAAGAUCUCAGCUGUAUAUUCAUCUGAUUUGAAAAGAGCUUUAGAAACAGCAGAAACAAUUGCAUCAAGAUGUGGAGGUCUAGAGGUUGUGAAGGAUUUGGACCUGCGAGAAAGACACAUGGGGAGUCUGCAAGGACUUGUUUUUAGUGAAUCAGAAAAAACUAAUCCCAUAGGUUACAAUAUAUUGAAAUCCAGGAAUGAAAAUCAAGAAAUUCCAGGCGGUGGAGAAAGUCUUGAUCAACUGUAUGAACGUUGCAAAUCUGCAGUGCUGAGAAUUGGCAGAAAACAUAAAGGAGAACGUGUUGUUGUUGUUUCUCAUGGAGCAUCGAUAGAAGUACUUUACAAAUGGGCAUGUGCAGAUGGAAAGUAUGCAGGGAAUAUACGCAAUGCAUCUAUCACUGUUUUUCACUUAUAUGGUGAUGACAAAUGGGUUGUAAAAUUAUGGGCUGAUAUUAGUCAUCUCACCCCAUAUUGAUUUAUGCACUCCAAACACUUGAAGGGUGGGAUUAGUAACAACAAGAAGGAAGAGACAAAAAUAUUAAUUUCAUAUAUUUAUAUAAGACCGUCUUUGAGAGCUAUAUGUAGAAGUGUUUCAAUAAAUGGUAUUUAAUCUAUAUAGUCCAAAACAUACGUAUACUCUUGAAGGUUUACAUCACCUUCUAAAGUUGCAGCCCUCACCUUUUCAUCAAUAUCAUUUCUUGUGUU